GGCGGGAGGGCGGCGAGCGCGUUUCCAUGGCACCGAGGCUGCGGGGGCUACGGGGCCGCGCGGCUCGCUGGGUUCCAGUCGCUCCCGGCGGAGCAGGGGCGCGCAGCUCAGCGGCCACGGCGCCUCGGGGGCUCGCCCGGCCGCUCCUCCCGCGUUGCCGGGAGCCAGUGAUGCCCAGUGCGGUCGAACUGCUGCCGCGCCCUCCUCCACUAGGAGCACCUCGCCGGCGCCGCGAGCCCCGCACACCAACUUCUGCCCCGCGAGCCCAACUUCUAAGCCGGGCUCGGACUUGCCAGCCGGAGUGGCGCGCCGCGCGUAGCCCCGGCGGCGGCUGAAGCCGCUCCGCCCCGCUGAGGUGACCUGGAGACCGUGGCUCUGGUGCUUUCGCGCCUGGGUGGCCGCCGGCUGGCCGCCAGGCAGCGCCCUCCAGCUCCCGCCCGGCAUGCCAAAUGUUUGGAAGAACAGCGGUUGAAUGUGGGGGAACUCCCACACCUGUAUGCGCAGGUGUUCACACACACUGUCAGAUUUGGAGGCAGGGCUCUGCUGGCCUCACAAGAUAGGUGGUUAUGAAAGAAGGUUCCAUUUUUGAGAGAGGAGAAAGACAUUGUCAUAUUGGGGAAAGGAAGAAUGGAAGGAAUGGAACUUGGACUUGGCCUUGAAUAAUGAUCCCUUGGGCUGGGAUAUGAGGAAAGGAUUCGGAACUAUACCGUGUACAGACAAGCAUACAGCGCGCAGCCCAUCUAUAAGUGCUGCCCGGGUCGGAGCCGGUGGGACCAUGAACCUGGCUGCCCACGCUCUGUCUCUGCAGUGGGGACAUGUUUCAAUGGAAAGAGGUGCUCAGACAGUGAGGCCCAGUGGUGCUGGUGCUCAGAGGGUUUCCAAGGCCCCCACCGUCAAUAUGGUCCUCCUUUCCGUCUCCUUACCCCGGUGGCUCUGUCCUGCUACCUUUCCAUGUGAGCCUCCAGCGCAUUCAUCUUCUGAAGCCUGGACAGAGCCCUUUAAGACAGGGUAUAUCUGGGGUUGGCAGAGUCUCUCCCAGCAAAUCGGCUGGCCGCGGAGCAGUGCUUCUUUGCAGCAAUUGACAGUCUGCUGCAGCACGCCUAACCACCAAUUCACACCCCAGGGGACUGUCCUACCCAGGAAGAGAUUUGCUAUCAGUCAUCUGACACUUCAGUUACUUUAAAAAUUACUCCUAGGAUUUGGAUUUCUUGAAGGAAAUACCUAAAUGUGCUAGAAACUGGGAAACACAGGGACAGCACUCCUGUGAAAAGAGCAAUGGUUGGGCAAGGAGCUGGAACCCUUGGAUUUGUACCUGGCCCUGUGCCAAGUGUGUAUACACAUUAUCUUGUGUAAUCCUCUCAGCAGUUCAGUGAGGGGAGAGGGCCACCACUUUGCAGGUGAAGAAAUAAUUUCAGAAUUGUUAAAUAACUUGCACAGGGUCAGAAGGAGUCCUGACUUGAACCUAGAGAAAAAUAAAGAAAGCAAGGAAA